GCGCGAAUACGUUGACUGUGGUCUACGAGAUUUCCAGUGUUUUGGUAAUGGCGUUCGGCAAUAACAACAAUAAUAACGUUUGUGAUAUUGUGUAUUAUAGAUAUAGGUUCCUUUACGGAUCUUUAAUUUUCAUUUUUCAUGAUAAAUUGAUAUAGUAUAAUAAUAUGCAUAAUGCAUGAUAUGUGUAUCGCAAUCGUCUCGUCGUGUUCAGUCUGCUGGAAACUUGGAAGUUCUAUGUUAAAUGCGAAAUCAUAGCAAGUAGGUAUCAACGGAAGUAUCAUUAUUGUCUAUGGGUAACUUUGCCUUGAAGACAUCGAAAACUUCGCUGUCAUUGCCAUGAAUCUAUUCGUCGAUGGUAAAAGUUAAAAUUGUUGGAACCGCAAUUGAUCCAGUCAAAUUUCCAUCUGUUAUGGCCAUCCAUCGUUAAUCGACACAUUUGUGUGCUACCACUUGCAAACGACCGACAGUAUUAGCAGGUAAAAGAUGUGUUCUAAUAAAAAUACACCUAGAAUCAUGGUUUUCAGACCAACAUGGAGCGAAUUUCAAAAUUUUAGUAGCUACAUUGAGUUUAUGGAGUCGCAAGGAGCACAUAAGGCUGGUGUGGCAAAAGUUAUCCCACCACCUGAAUGGAUACCAAGAAAAAGAAGUUAUCAUGAAGAUGACAUUAUGAAUUUGAAAAUUCCAGCUCCCAUCUGUCAAGUUGUACAAGGUAAACAAGGUCUUUAUCAACAACUUAAUAUACAAAAAAAACCUAUGACAGUAGCAGAUUACAAAAUAAUGGCAGAGUCUGAUGAAUAUAAGACGCCUAGCCAUUUUGACUAUGGAGAUCUUGAAAGAAAAUACUGGAAAAAUAUUAUUUACAAAUCCCCACUCUAUGGUGCAGAUGUAUCAGGAUCUAUUACUGAUAAAGAUGUUAAUGUUUGGAAUAUUAACAAACUGGGUACUAUAUUGGAUUAUGUAAAUGAAGAUUAUGGUAUUAGUAUCGAAGGUGUCAAUACUGCUUACCUUUAUUUUGGUAUGUGGAAAACCUCUUUUGCAUGGCACACUGAAGACAUGGAUCUAUACAGUAUUAACUAUAUACACGAAGGAUAUCCAAAGACAUGGUAUGCAAUACCUCCAGAACAUGGUCGUCGCUUAGAAAGAUUGGCUACUGGUUUUUUUCAAUCUGAUGCUUCAGCAUGCCCUGCAUUUCUUAGGCAUAAAAUGACUGUUAUAUCCCCUCAUAUGUUAAAACAAUAUUCCAUACCAUUUAAUAAAAUAACACAAGAGCGCGGUGAAUUUAUGAUAACUUUCCCUUUUGGAUAUCAUGCGGGUUUUAAUCAUGGCUUUAAUAUGGCUGAAUCGACAAACUUUGCUUCACCCCGUUGGGUGGAGUAUGGGAAAAGAGCUUCACAGUGCCAUUGCCGACCAGAUUCAGUAAAGAUCAGUAUGGAUACAUUUGUUAAACGUUUACAACCUGAAAAAUAUGAACUAUGGCUUCAAGGAAAUGAUGUUGGUACUCAUCCAGAAGAUCCUUCUCGUACUUUAGCAGCACCCUUGCCUAGUGCAUGUGACUUAUUAUGUAAUAAAAACAACACUGGUAUUCCAAAACUUUAUAUCGAAGGUGGUAGAAAACGUCAUCCUGUCACACAUAAACUUUCAGAUUCAGAAUUGUCCAUUGAUAUGACACAUGAAAGUAAAGCUUUAGAUGCUGCUUUGGCAACAAGUAUUCAAGAGUUUGAUGUAAAGGAAUAUGAUGAUGAACUUAAUGAUGAACAAAGAGAAGUAAUGGAAGAUAUAUGGCUAAAAGCUGAUGAAAUGGAUGUAACUGAAGUAUCUUAUAAUAAUGGAAGAUCUAGACUUUUGAGUAAAAAACAUUCAAUCUUGGAAGAUAUAGAAUUUACAAGUGAUAGUGAUUAUUGUGAUAGUUCAGAAAAAAGAAGAUCCAAAAAAAGGAAGGCUAAAAAACGAUCAACCAAAAAGAAUCCAAAAUCUAAAAAAAAUAAAUCUUCUAAAUCAACUGAAAAAAUAAGUGUUGCUUCUAAUGAAUUAAUUAACGAUACAGAUUCAACAACCAUUAGCUUUAAAGGAAAUGAUGAUAGUAUUGAAAAAAUAAUAACUAUAACACCUAUAAAUACUGAAAGUCUGAAUUCUAAGAAUAUUAAUAGAACUACAGAAGAGUCUCGGGUGAAUCAAUAUCUCAAAAAAAGUAUUAUAAAUGAUAGUUUAUUGUCUAAAAAUGGUGACAGUGUUAAUAAUAACGGGCAUUCAAAUGUAGUUAUAUUAAAACCAUUAUUACCAAUUAAAUCAGAAAUGCCACAAAAUGCAUCUCUUACUAAUUUAACAACCCACAUCAAUAAGAAUAAUCAACCUUAUAUGCCAUCAGUAUUUAUGUCUCCAAAAAUAGAAAUAGUAGAUAGAAAAUCUACACAACAAUUAUAUCCACCGACUCUUGAACCAAUACAGAUUAAGGAUGAAGAAGAAUAUGCAAUUGAUGGUAUACCAAAUAAUAUAGGUGAUAUGGUAAACAAUUGUUGCUCAUUUGAGGUUGAGCAACUGUAUAAUGUGUUUAGAAGUAUGAAUGAACCAUAUUGUUCAUUAUGUAUGAUGUUUAAUCGUAAAAAGUUAACUUUCAAUUUGGAUUGGCGAACCAAAGCGAAAUCUUUCAUGAAUCCAAAGUUACCCAACUUACAGAGCCCUAGCAAAGCAAUAUUUAAACAUGCGCUUUGUGGCAGUGAAAAAGUUUAUAGGGCAGAUCUCAUAAGAUGUGAAAAAUGUUAUUUGACUGUUCAUAAAGUGUGUUAUGGCAUUAAUGUAAACACAAGUAAACAUUGGUUGUGUGAUCGAUGCAUGAAAAAUGCUAUGCUUGCUGGUUGUGCGUAUUGUCCAUUAAAAGGUGGGGCUCUUAAAGAAUUUAAAUCUAAUGGAUGGUCACAUGUUGAAUGUCAUCUGUUUGUGCACGGUAGUAGUCCAUUAACUAUCAAUACUUUUUCGACAGAUUUUUCAACUAAUCAAAAGUGCGUAAUAUGCAAUUUAUCAUCUGGCAAUUGUUUUCGUUGUUCUGAAGGCAGUUGUGAUGCUUGGUUUCAUAUUUCUUGUGGAAUAUUUGCUGGAUUUGAUUUUCGAGCUGAAAGAAACAGCAAGCAUAUUUUAAUCCAUUGUAAUAAUCAUUUAAAUAUUCCAAAUAAACAAAAGAUAAUUCAUAUAAACCAAAAAGUAUGGGUUAGACACUGGCAGCAUAAUAGGAUCUCUGAAUGUCGAAUUGUCAAUAUCGAUAAAACUCCUUUAUGCGUUGUAAAAUUCAGUGAUGGUACAAUAUCAGACAGUAUUACAUUAAAAGAAAUAAAGAACAAUACAAAUGAUCUUCCAGCCAUUAACAAAGAAAUAAAUUUAGAAUCGGGUGACAAAGGUUUAUUCCUUGGAUUGAAUUAUAAACCUACAUAUUCAGUUAUGUAUAGUGAUGGUACAUGUGGUCGUAUACAUCCUAGUGACAUAUACAGUAAUGAUGAACAUCUUAUGAGACGCUUGAAACUGCAAGCUAAACGUGGGUUAGAUAAAUAUGAAAGAGAAAAUAAAAUAAUUAAUGUUUUAUAAGUAUGUUCUAUAUCAUAGUUACUUAACUAUUUAAUUUUAAGGACUCAUUUUUUAUGAAAAUAAAAUAUUUCCUAAAUUAUAAAUUAUUUUAACUGGUGUUAAAAUAUUAAAAAAUAAAAAUUAUAGCUAAUAUUAAUUUUAUUUUUUUUUUUGUAAAAAAUUAACUUGUUUGUGAUAAAACUUAAAUUAAAUUAUUUAUUUUCAUUUUCACGCAAUUUAGAUUUAUAAUUAAUAUUUUUAACAUUUAAAUUAAUUGUCUUGUUUUGUUCAUUAUGUUUUUUUCUUUUUAAUCAUAUUUUGAUAAUAAGAUCCCUGCAGUUUUUCGUCCUAUAACAUUUGUUUAUUUUAUUUUAAAUUGGUGAUAUUUGUCUUUUUAAUAUUGUCAUAACUAAUAAUAUUAACUUUUAUUAAAAAUUACAUCAAGUGUUUUUUUUAUUAACUUAAUAUUUCUAAGGAAAACUAAUAGUUUAGUUUGACCAUAAUGUACAGCUUUAUAAUUGUUCUAUCAAUGUUUGUAUAUUGUAUUAAUUUAAAAUGUUACUCUUAACUGUUUAUGUAAUAUGUUGCACAAUAAUGUUUCUGUAUAUUUUAAGGUAAAUUUAUUUAUUUUUGUUUAAUAAUAUAAUGAGUUUCCAUAUGAUCUCACUAUCUCAGGAGAUAUAUAUUAUAUGUUUAAAAUUUGUUAGCUAUGUUAAUAUGUUUAUAUGAACCAGUAUACUCAUAUUACUCAAGAAUUAUACUUGGCUUGAGUGAUGGUUAGAAAAUCAAUAUCAUUAUUAAUUAUUCUAUUUAUAGACAUAAGAUAAAAUUAUAUAUUAUUGAUUUUGUUUUGUAAA